GACUUCGGCAAUAAAAUGGGUAUAGCCAAAUUCUUUCGAUACAUAAGCGAAAGAUAUCCUUGUAUCACCGAAACGUUAAAGGACUAUCAGAUACCAGAAUUUGAUAAUUUAUAUUUAGAUGUGAAUGGUAUCAUACACGGAUGCUCCCAUCCCAACGACAGCGAUACCACAUUUCGUAUAUCCGAAGAGACUAUAUUUAAAAAUAUAUUCCAUUAUAUAGAGAUAUUAUUUCGUAUGAUUCAACCACAGAAGUUGUUUUUUGUAGCGAUCGAUGGUGUUGCACCUCGUGCGAAAAUUAAUCAGCAAAGAAGCAGACGUUUCAGAGCUGCAAAAGAUGCACAGAUGCACGAAGCCGCGGCGAAGGCAAGUGGUAUUCUGAUCCCUGAAGGGAAGAAAUUUGACUCCAAUUGUAUAACCCCAGGAACAGAAUUUAUGUACAAGUUGAAUGACCAGUUAAAGUAUUUUAUUACACAUAAGAUUUCAACGGAUAAACUUUGGCAAAAGUGCAAAGUUAUAUUGAGCGGAUCUCAGGUUCCUGGAGAAGGAGAACACAAGAUAAUGGACUAUAUUCGUUACAUGAAGUCUCAACCAGACUAUAAUCCAGACACUAGACAUUGUUUGUAUGGUCUAGAUGCAGAUUUAAUAACAUUAGGUAUGUGCACUCAUGAAGUGCAUUUUACAUUGUUAAGAGAAGAAGUGAAGUUUGGUAAGAAACAAACGAAAAUUCAGACACCCGAAGAGACAAAGUUCUGUCUCUUCCAUUUAUCUCUGUUAAGAGAAUAUAUAGAUCACGAGUUUUCUCCGUUGAAGGAGAAAUUAUCGUUCCCUUAUGACAUUGAAAAGAUUAUCGACGAUUGGAUUUUAAUGAGUUUCCUAAUAGGGAACGAUUUCAUUCCGCAUCUACCUAAUUUACAUAUUUACCAGGGAGCAAUAUGCAUAUUGACCCAAGUGUACAUCGAUGUACUGCCAACUUUAGACGGAUACAUAAAUGAAACGGGAACUUUAAGGUUGGACAGAUUCGAGAAAUUUAUGGAGAGGCUCAGUCGUUUUGACUUUAUACAGUUCGCUGAGUAUUCGGCGGUUCUGAAGUACCUGGAAUCGAAAACAGGAAGACGCGUCGCAGAGUCUGACAGACCGAUUUGUAAAAAAAUAGACAACAGUGAAGAGGUUCCUUCUUCCCCGAAAAGAGUACAAGACAAAGAGUUCGAUACGUUACUUAGAGCUUCUGCUGAUAUGUCACUAGGGAUGUUCGACGAAGACGAAUAUGACGGCGAUGAUUCGGAUAGCGAAAUGCAUAAUUUGGAAUUCAUCCAACAUAAAAGGGAUUAUUAUAUGAACAAAUUAGACUACGAAAAUAUAGACGAAGACUUUCUGCGCACUCAAGCUGAGGGCUACGUCAGAGCCAUACAAUGGAACUUGAAUUAUUACUACAACGGAUGUUGUAGCUGGUCGUGGUAUUACCCGCACCACUAUGCGCCAUACAUAUCGGACAUAAAGGACUUCAAAGAUUUGAAACUAGAGUUCGAAUUCGGGGAGCCGUUUCAACCGUUUCAGCAAUUGUUAGCUGUUCUGUCUCCCUACAGUAAAGAUUUAUUACCGCCGGCAUUCCAUACAUUACUGACGGACGAGGAUUCCCCUAUAAUCGAUUAUUAUCCAAUCGACUUUAAAACAGAUCUAAACGGUAAACAGCAAGAAUGGGAGGCCGUCGUACUUCUUCCAUUCAUCGACGAGAAACGAUUACUGGACGCUAUGGCACCUUACUAUCCGAAACUGACACCGGAGGAACGGGAACGAAAUCAGCACGGACCGAUGUGUUUGUAUUCGUACACGGAGGACGAAAUGGGGGUCCAGAAAGCGCCAGAAUAUUUUCCUGACAUUGUCAGCCACGCGACCGUACAAUUUAUUAAUUAUCAAGACAUUAUCGUGCCACGGGAAAAGUUAGUCAGAGGUCUAUGCCCUGGCGUGAAAUUAGACGUAUAUUGUCCUGGCUUCCCUACUCUUCGGUAUAUCGAGCAUACUUGGACUCUGGAGAAGGCCAAAGUGAAAGUGUUCGAGAAGCCCUCCUUCAGGGAUAACAUGAUUCUGCAUCUACGACCGCAGCCCGAAGAGGAUUUAACGACCGUGGCAGAGGAAUUGAUCGGUAAAACGGUGUUCGUCGGUUGGCCCCAUUUGACAGAGGCCCAGGUGGUAGGCGUGUCGACGUUUAGUAAGAAGUUAACGUUGAUCAAUCCGGAAACGAAUUAUUCCCCCGAGAAUAUAAGAACGGAGGAACUGAAGGGUCCGUCUUUCGCGCAACGGUAUCUGCAAAAGAAGACUAUCGCCGCGGUGUACAAAGGUACAAUGGGCGUGGACAUCGGUGACACGAAGAUUUUAGUCGACGCACGACCGCUGAUAGGAAGCAAAUACAUCUUCGGCAGUCACGGGAAGCUGUAUUUUGAAAAGCAAUGGUCCGACUCGCAAAUCACGUAUGCGUAUCAAAUGAUUGUCAAGGACAUUGCUACCCAUUGCUUCAGCGCAGCAACGUACAAGACUGUCGAGGAGAUUUUCGUGCCGGAAUCCGUAUGCUUUAUGUUGGGACAUCCUCAUUAUGGCGCGAUGGGCAAAGUGAUCGAAUCGGAGAUCUUCAAGAAAUCAGGGAGAAUCAGAGUGUCUGUGCACGUGAGCGCAGAACCGUCGUUGGAGGGGAUAAAACAGCUUCACCAAGAGGUUAAAACUCAAUACAUGCAAGGAAGCAUUGUCGCGCAGAUAUUAGGUAUAAGUAACCACCUGUUGAGCAGGGUCACGGGGACAAUUUACGUGAGGCCGUCCGUUCCGAGCGAAUUCGGUCACGAGGACAUAAAAUGUAACAUCGGCUUGAAUUUGAAGUUCAAUAAGAAGAACGAAGAAAUAGUCGGUUAUACUCGGAGGGAGAAUAACCAGUGGUUGUACAGCUACAAAGCUGUAGAAGUAUUGCGCAGUUACAUGGCCAGGUCUCCAGAGUUGUUUGAACGACUUGCGGUGAACGUGGCGAACAUUAUUACGGAAGAAGAGUUGUUCGACAAGGGAUCCGGAGGUUUGACCAGUACAAUGGAGUGGUUGAAAGAACAACUUCAAGGUCUGGAGAGUCGUCCAUGCGGCGCAGAGGCGCUGGACCCCAGUCUGGUAAAAAAACUGGAGGAGGAAAUUGACGAAUAUUCGAAGAUCCAGGCUAACAACGAGAAACUAGUGGCCAUGCAAGUGAAGCCUUACCUGCUGUUUAAGCCUGGUUUGCAUAUGUGUAACGCGCCACCGGAUUCGAAGGCGCAGACCUAUUUAUUGGACCGAGUCUGCUGCACCAGAGACAAUUUUACAGUUCCUUUAGGGUAUAAGGGCACUGUGGUGGGCAUUCAGAAAGCGGAGAAUUUUUUGGACACCAUGUACGACGUUGUGUUCGAUAGAACCUUUCCAGGCGGGCUGGUUGUGAACGGAUGCGAAGGGUUUCGCGGUUACCGACUGUCGCCGAUUGAUUUCAUAAAUAUCAGCCACGGCGAGAGGGUAGAACGCGAUAGGUCAAGAAACGUGGACGGGAACGCAGAAUCCAUACUGUCCUGGCGAUCCGCGUCCAAUCAGACGGCUCAGUCGCGCGCAAACUCAAGCGCUUUCGCGUCGUACAGGAUGAAGAGCCAGUUACCAGGCCCGGAGCGAGAAACGUCGCCGAAGAUCCGAUUCAUUCAGAAGAAAAACGACACGGAACAGGAGAUACGUCUAGCACCGCCGGUGAAUGCUUACAAAUGGAAGCAAUGCGAGGUUCAGAACGCGACUGUGAAUGAUCUAGAGGGCUACGGAAUGAUCAAGAAUGCCCAGCAAAAUGCACCGUUGUCGGAGAACGCGCCGAAAACGCAAUCGACAACGGCGAAGCCGAUGCUAGAGUUCCAAGCGUUGUGGACUGAGUUGCACAAGCCACAGAAACCGUCUGCACCAGCGAAGAUUGUGGUACAGGCGCCGAUGGGUUUAAAGGUGAAACAACAGAUGAAUAAAAGUUUCCCCGAGAGUUCACCACAAGAUCCAAGUGCAUUCCUUAAGGCUGUUUUGAAAAUUUCUGACGAGAACCCGCAAGGGACCACUACGCAACCGUCCGCUCCACCGAAAAUCCCCUCCAGUAAUACGGUUUCCCCGAAGAAGAAUAAAGUAUUGGAUACACCCCCUUUGGUGCAACAAUUAUUUGACCAUGCUCGACAAAACGAGAAAGUGGAGGACGAGAAGAAAGCGAAUUGGUACUGUUCACAAUUAUUGCAUUACUAUCAGCUAAGUGGAAUUGGGAUGCCUAUAUACAGCUACUUCACCGACAGAGAGACUAAUUUAAUUCGAGCACACAUUGUUCUGCCGGAUAAAAGGAAAUUUGUUAGUGAGCCAUCUGCAACUCACGAACAGGCUGCAGGAAACGCAGCGAAAAAAGUUUACAUGACGUUAAAUUUGGCUAAUGUGAUACCGAAUUUGAAAGUACUACUGCCACCUCCGUUGUGUUGGUACUCCAGUCAACAGGAUAUCACUUGGUGGCAGAAAAAACCACCCAACAUGCCAUUCUACCACCCAAAACUCCCGCCUCCUCAACAUUUCCCGCAAUCUGUCCCAAAGGUACAACCGAACGUUGGAUACCAGCAGAUGCCCAAUCAAUACAGGCAUCAUCCUCAAUCUAAACCGGCCCAAAAUGAACCAAAGUCUGAGGUGAAGAACCCCACGUCUUUUGUCCCCCUACAGGCACAAAAGAAGAGCAGAAAUAUGAUUGCCAAGGACGGUGGAGUCUCUAAACAAGCAAAUCAAAGUGCCAAAGACAAUCCACAAUCGAUGGUUCAACACAAGAAAAAGGAAUUGCCUGUUCAGAAAGUCGAACCAACGAUGGUUGUUACUGAAAAACAAAAAUCAAAUCAGAGCAGUUCCCAUCGUCAAGUACAAAACAUGCAAAAUGUAGGAAAGCCGAAAAAAUCGCGAGUCGCAGCGAAAUUCGGUAUACCGUCUCAGGCAGAGGAAACGAAUUAGGGGAAAGAUUCGAUAUGAAAAAGAAUUUUCUGUAUCACGAUAGGAUGAAGAUGCCGCGAAACAUUGAUUUAUACAUAUUGGGGUGGUCCCCUUGUUUCUCGACCUUCGAAUUUUUUCGAUGUCAUUCCCUGAUAUGGUCCUAACCUAUAAAAAAGUUUUACAUAUUAAAUCCCAUAAACGCGGUCCUGUGUAGAGUAACAACUCCAGAUUGUCUAGCUAUCUUGUUUUGUUCCUUUUGUUUAUUACAUUC